UUGGUAUCGUUAGGAAUGUAGUGCGUGCAUCCAAGCGGCACGAUGAUAUCAUGCCUUACCUCUGGCUAUGUCAAAGUCUACGAAAGAUUCUAUCCAACAGCGGGUCUGUCAGCCAAUCGUCAAUCGUGGAUUAGACAGCUUGCGAAGAAUCAAGUUCUUCAGCGCUUUGAAAGAACCAUGCUUGAGGAUGAUCGCUGCCAAACUGCAAGUAUGCUUCCUUGCUCCGGAAGAAGUACUGGCGCGCGAGGGCGAGCGUGUUGAUCGUGUUUGGUUCAUGGGCAAGGGCACAGCAGAUGCCGUGAUUCUGGGGAAGAAGGUGGAGACGUAUUUUGAUGGUGCCGUUAUUGGCCCACCCCUGGGCCUUUUAAUGGAGCAUAAUUGGGACCAGACAGUGACAACGACUGCCUUUUCUGAUUUUAUGGUUCUGACCUGUGAGGACUUGCAAAGCUUUUUCUCAAACCAUGAGUCGGAGGCCAGCAGAGUCCAUGCAGCAGCCUUUCGUGUGCAGGUUGCGCAGAAGGCAAAGACGUGCAAACCAAAGCCGUUGAAAGGUGAGGCACACAAGCCUCAGCGCAUCGAGCGCCACAAGCCGCCAGAUGCUGCCAAGAAACCUGUGGAUGCUGGCGUGCCACAUUUUCCUGUGGCCCCAGACCAAAGUUUCGCAGAGGAGUCUGAGGUUACACAGAAUGUUAUAGCAUCAUGGCUGGACGAGAUCGAGUUUUUCUCUGGCUUCGAUGUCUUCAGCCUGGAAAGGUUGCUGGCCUUGGUGCAGAGGCAGGUCUACAAGCAAGGCCAAAACAUUUUGACCCAGGGAGAAUUUGCCGACGCCUUGCACGUGAUAUAUGCUGGCAACGCGGACGUUGCUGUUCGGGAGAAGGUGGUUGCCACACUGGGGCCCAAGAGCAUCGUCGGGGAGCGGUCGAUUUGUGUCCUCGGCGACAAUGUUAUGCCGUGUGCAGCAACGAUCUCGCCUGCUACCAGCCUGGUGAUUACAUACUCCUGGCUUCGCUCCGACCUGCUGGACCUUUUCAUUCAAGAUGACAGGAUCUAUGAGUACUUCAAGAAGAGAUUUGAUAUUCAGCGGAUUAAGCAAGGAGAAUCCAGUUUUCGGAACAUCAAUAUCUUCCAGAAGGCUCGUCCUGAGUUUGUGCACAUGCUCGAGUCGCGGGUCUCGCAGCGCAUUCUCGAGCCAGAGGACCUGCUCUUUGAGCAAGGCAAGCCAAAUCCUGAUGCUUUGCUUUUAUGUGAGGGCCAGGUCAGCAUUCUCAAAGACGGGACCGCGCACGCACUUGUGGAGGUGUCCAAGAUCGACGAUGCCGUCCUCUUCGGGGAAUUCAAUGUGCUCGGCCUGUGGCGAGCUCCAAAGGCGACCGUGCGGGCCGUUUCGCGCUGCGUGCUGAAGGUUCUGAUUUCGGAGGUCCUGCAGCAGUGCUUCGUGGCGUUCCCGGACGAGUCCAACGUCUUCAGGCAGCUGGUGGAGAAGCGCCUGCGCCGCGACGCAAGCAAGGAGGUGUCCUGGACUGUGCAGAAGGAGGAAAAGCCGGAGGAGUUUCUGGACAAUGAGUUCCGUGAGUUGCCGCGUUUCUACGUCAGACAGUUCACCAAGGAUUACGACACAAUCGUUCUGCCUCGGGAUCUUUCUGCAGUCAAGGAGUUCUCCAAUCUGCCGAGGGAGCCCUUGACGGAGCUGGCCGGAUUCAUGAAGCCGCGGAUCUACCUGCCUCAACAGGUCAUCCUGCAACAGGGAGAGGACCUGUCAGAGAUCUUGGUGCUGCAAUGGGGCGCCUGCUCCGUUGAAGUCUUCGGUGCGGAUUUGCAGCCCAUGGAAGGCCCCUCCAUUGUGGGAGGCAUGUCUUCGCUGAUGACCAAGAAGGUGUUUACCACCAUUACGGCAGAAGAGACCUGUUUUGUGGGGGCCAUCCCGAAGCAUCGCUUUGCAGCAGUUCUGGACAAGUAUCCAGACUUCAGACGCAGCUUGCUGCUCCAAACCAGCACAUCCUUCAAGCGACUUUGUGAUGACUUUCAAGAGCAGAUGCUGAAGACGGGAGCUCUACGGAGCCAGCUGUUGAAGAUGCCUUUUCUGUCAGAUGCUUGUCCGGACUUCAUUUCUCAGCUGGCAUCAAGCCUGGAGCCGCGCUUGCUUUUGCCGGGCCAGUCCAUUCUGCGCGCCCCGGAUGAGGAGCCGAAGCUGUACUUUGUCUUUGACGGGCAUCUGCACGUCAUGAAGAACGGGUGCCUGGUGUGCGCGUUGCCCUCCAGGUCGGUCUCGGGAGUGCUGGACGUUUUCGGGCUGGAUACAGGUGACCAGACUCAGAUCAAGACCGAUGAGAUCUGCAAGGUGGGCACUGUGGUGCGGAAGGGUCUCUUCGGUUUGCUGGAGAAAUUCCCGCAGGAAAGGGAGAAAUUUGAGCAGCUUCUGCAUGGGCUGCUGGAAGAUCAGGUCAGCCAGCGCCUGCUCAGGCAUCCCAUAUUCAAGGGGAUGCCCUCGCAGUUUCUGAAACGCCUGGGCCUCCUUUUUGAGCGGAAGCUGGUGCAUCCAAGAACAACCAUGUUGCAAGAGGGAGAAAGUGGUGCAACAAUGGUAGUUAUCAAUGUCGGCAAGGCAGACAUCAUUUUUCGAGGUCUUCUGGUGAGCAUGCUUUGGUCUGGGAAGUCCUUUGGUGGUGCUCAAAUGAUGGGCGCGCAACGCCAGUAUCAUGCAACUUUGCGCACAAAAGGGAUGUGCCAUGUUUUACUACUCAGCCAUGAACGGUUCUGCACCUUGACUCCACCAGGUCCGAAACGUCCGUGGGUGGCUGCCUUGCGUCUCAGGGCCAAAAGCGCUCAUCAGCAAGAGCUGAAACUCUUUCGUCAGAAGUACAUGCAGCAUCGGAUGCUGGACCAGACUGGAGUAACCACCGCGGCCGUGACGUCGGCGAUGUAUGGCAUGCUGGUUCUGCAACAGGCCUUGAAAGCGUGGCACCGGAUAGUUUCCGGUGAAACCUGUUCCGAAGGAAGUUGCAGUCCCAUUCCAAGCCGGCGGAGUUCUGUGAAGGAGGAGACAAAGGUGGAGGAUAGGGUGGUGCCGGCACCUCCGCUUCCCCCACCCCCUACAUACCCCCUUCUUUUUAGCCGAGCCUUACGGCCCAUCCGACUUGUAUGUGUGAUGCCAGGCAAGAAGCACUAGGUCCGUUUUCUGAAACAUAUCACAUUUGUCCCUGCAGCACAGGCUUUACUUGCUUGGCAAAGUCAAGCUAAGCGGCCGCAGAAACACUUAGUUAACGUGUUGACGUUGUGACAGCUAAUGUCGCUGUAUUUCACAACGUUUUUUGGUGAUGAAUUGAGUUGUGAGCACGUUGCUUGAGAGAACAGCUUUCAAGCCGAUGUACAUAUGAGGUCACAGAUGGGGGAUGAUGACUGACGAACGGGUUGAGGCCACUCGUACUGAUAGUGAGCUGCAAGGCUGCUAUGUUGCAUCCCUUCAGUAGCCUUUAUGACGCCGGAAGAGGUGGCGAAUGUCCAGG